AUGUCUAGUCAGCGUCUUGUCCUAGGCCUCCCACGUGUCUUGCCGUCGCUGCCCCCUUCGCUUGCGCCGCCGUGUCGUCCCUGCGUCGAGGGUAGGCUGCGCGCCACCCCUCACUCCUCCUCCCUUCGUCCGGCCACCGAGCCUUUUGAGACGCUUCACUUGGACGUCUGGGGCCCCGCCCCUCGUCUAGGCCCUGAGCGUGAGCGUUACUUUCUGGUGGUCGUUGACGACUUCUCCCGCUACACCACAGUGUUCCCACUGGCGAAGAAGUCUGAGGUGACUUCUACGCUGAUCAGGUGGUUGCUCACCACCGAGGACACUCGUAGUCGUCGUGUCAGCUGUCUCCACUCCGACCGUGGGGGUGAGUUUCGCUCCGGCAUUCUCGCUGGAUUCUGUCGCGAGCAGGGCAUUCGUCAGUCCUGGACGCUUCCAGAGUCCCCACAGCAGAAUGGGGUUGCUGAGCGCCGCAUAGGCCUGGUCAUGGAGAUCGCCCGCACCUCCCUGACUCACGCCUGUGCCCCCCAUUUUCUGUGGCCCUACGCGGUCAGGUACGCCGCGCACCAGCUGAACCUCUGGCCACGUGUCUCUCGACCAGAGGUUUCACCGACCAGUCUUUGGACAGGGUCCCCUGGUGUAGCGUCGCGGUUUCGUGUCUGGGGGUGCUUGGCUCUUGUCCGCGACACCUCCGCGGACAAGCUCUCGCCUCGUGCCGUCCCCUGUGUCUUCCUUGGUUUCCUUGAGGACUCCUCUGACUUCACCUUUUACCACCCUCCCUCUCACCGGUUCUUUGACUCCCGUGACGUCCGUUUCGAGGAGUCCACUCCGUACUACGUCAGGUGUCUCCCAGGCUACCCCUCCUCCUUCGGUAGCCCCUCCGGUACAGCCUCCCUCCCCACAGUCCUCCUCGCAGCGUGCAGCUGGUGCUAG